GAUCUGUAUCGGAGACAAGGAGAUUGAGUACAACCCGGAGUUCCGGUUCUACAUCAGGACCAAGCUGAGCAAUCCGCACUACACGCCAGAGAUCUCCACCAAGACCACCAUAGUAAACUUUGCCGUGAAAGAGCAAGGCCUUAGAAUCCUUGAACAAGAAGGACAUGACUGAAAUCAAAUCGUAUGCAAAACCCCCGACCCUUGUUGAAAAGGUCAUGGAAGCGGUUAUGAUCUUGCGCGGUCAGGACCCCACAUGGUCCGAAGCCAAACGACAGCUCGGUGACCAGAAUUUCUUGAAGCAGCUCAUGGACUUUGACAAGGACAACAUCACUGACCGAGUCCUCAAGAAAAUUGGGCAGUACGUAGCCCAGACGGACUUUCAACCAGAGAUCAUAGGGCGAGUCUCCUCAGCAGCCAAGUCGCUGUGCAUGUGGGUCCGCGCUAUGGAGGUGUACGGACGGAUCUAUCGCGUUGUUGAGCCUAAGAAACAACGAUUGAAUGCGGCCAUGUCUCAACUGAAAGAGAAACAGGACGCGCUCAGUGAUGCAAAAGCCAAACUUGCUGAGGUUGAGUCCAAGAUGGCUGAACUGCAGAAGCAGUACCAGGAGAAACAGGACCAGAAAGAGGAGCUCAAGAGGAAGGCUGCACACACCGAACUCAUGUUGGACAGGGCCGCUAAACUGGUAUCAGGCCUUGCUGGCGAGAGGGUACGCUGGGAGCAGACUGUGAAAGACUUGGAGGAACGACUGGGUUUCCUCAUUGGAGACUGUCUCAUAGCGGCCGCCUUUAUGUCCUACAUCGGACCCUUCCUGUCAAACUACCGUGACGAACUGGUGCAGAAAGUCUGGCUAGCGGAGGUGAAGAAACUUGGUGUACCAUGUGACCCAGGAUUUGAUUUCUGCAAGUUCAUGGCCAAGCCGACGAAUGUCCGUGACUGGAACAUCCAGGGGUUGCCUAGCGACAGCUUCUCCACGGAGAACGGUGUCAUAGUGACGAGUGCCAGUCGCUGGCCCCUCAUGGUGGACCCACAGGGGCAGGCAAUCAAGUGGAUCAAAAACAUGGAGGCCUCACGGAACCUGAAGGUGAUUGACCUGCAGCAGACGGACUACAUGCGGACCCUGGAAGGGGCCAUCCAGUUUGGGCUCCCUGUUCUUCUGCAGAACGUACAGGAACGCCUGGAUCCCUCCCUGGACCCCGUCCUCAAUAAAUCUCUCAUGAAGAUUGGUGGUGCGUACAUGAUCCGUAUCGGAGACAAGGAGAUUGAGUACAACCCGGAGUUCCGGUUCUACAUCACGACCAAGCUGAGCAAUCCGCACUACACGCCAGAGAUCUCCACCAAGACCACCAUAGUAAACUUUGCCGUGAAAGAGCAAGGUCUGGAGGCCCAGCUGCUGGGUAUCGUUGUUGGUAAGGAGAGGCCAGAUCUGGAGGAGAAGAAGGACAGCCUUGUGAGGAGCAUUGCAGACGGCAAGAAGAAACUGGUGGAACUUGAGGACGAGAUUCUACGGUUGCUGAACGAGACCAAGGGUUCCCUGCUAGAUGACGAGCAGCUGGUGAACACGCUGCAGGCCUCCAAGGUGACAUCCCAGGAGGUCUCGGAGCAGCUACAGAUCUCAGAGCAGACAGAGGUCAAAAUUGACGCUGCCAGAGAGGGAUACCGACCGGCAGCUGAGAGGGCCUCCAUCCUGUUCUUUGUGCUCAACGACAUGGGUCGCAUAAACCCCAUGUACCAGUUCUCUCUGGACUCGUACAUAGAUCAGUUCAAGCUCUCCAUUGACAAGUCGCCCCGCAGCGCAAAGUUGGAGGAGAGAAUCGUGAACCUCAACGAUCACCACACCUACGCCAUCUACAGGUUCAUCUGUCGUGGACUUUUUGAGCGCCACAAGCUGCUGUUCUCGUUCCAAAUGUGCGCAAAGAUUCUCGAGCACGCUGGCAAGCUCAACAUGGAUGAAUACAACUUCUUCCUUCGUGGCGGAGUGGUUAUUGACAGGGAGAAUCAGAUGGACAACCCAUGCUCGGGCUGGCUGUCGGACGUUGCCUGGGACAACAUCACGGAGCUGGAGAAGCUGACCAACUUCCACGGGAUCAUCACGUCGUUCGAGCAGUACCCCCGUGACUGGAACAUCUGGUACACGGCCAAUGAGCCUGAGAACACAGCCCUGCCAGGUGAAUGGGACAAUGCGUGCAACGAGCUGCAGAAGAUGCUUAUCAUCCGUUCCCUGAGACCUGACCGCGUCUCGUUCUGCGCCACCUCUUUCAUCACCAACAAUCUGGGCUCGAGAUUCGUGGAGCCGCCCGUGCUCGACAUGCAGCAUGUGGUGGGGGACUCGAGUACCAAGACGCCGCUCAUCUUUGUGCUCUCACCCGGGGUGGACCCGACCAGUGGGUUGUUACAGCUGGCAGAGCAGAGUGGUAUGGCCCAGAGGUUUCACGCGCUGUCACUGGGUCAAGGUCAGGCGCCCAUUGCCACAAGAAUGAUCAAGGAAGGUGUGAGAGAGGGUAACUGGGUAUUCCUUGCCAACUGCCACCUGUCCCUCAGCUGGAUGCCUCAGCUGGACAAGCUGGUAGAACAGCUGCAGGUGGAGGAACCUCACCCGGAGUUCAGGCUCUGGCUCAGCUCUAGUCCACACCCGGAGUUCCCCAUUGCCAUUCUGCAGACUGGCAUCAAGAUGACCACGGAGCCACCUAAGGGCUUGAAGGCCAACCUCAAGCGUCUCUACAACCUGAUCACAGAGCAGCAGUUCAGCCGAUGCCACAAGCAGGACAAGUACAAGAAGCUGCUCUUCGCGCUCUGUUACUUCCACUCCGUGCUGCUUGAGAGGAAGAAGUUCCUCAUGCUGGGCUGGAACAUAGCCUACGAGUUCAACGAUUCAGAUUUUGAGGUAUCAGAGAACCUGCUGAGUAUCUACCUGGACGACUAUGACGAGAGCCCGUGGGAUGCACUCAAGUAUCUGAUAGCGGGAAUCAACUACGGAGGUCACGUGACUGACGAGUGGGACAGAAGGCUCCUCAUGACCUACAUAGCAGACUUUUUCAACGACAACUCCAUCAACACUCCUUUCUUCCAGCUGUCAACACUUGUGACAUACUACAUUCCUAAAGACGGCCCCCUCUCGUCCUACAAGGAAUAUGUGAGCAUGUUGCCAAACAUUGACCACCCUGAGGCCUUUGGGCAGCAUCCUAACGCAGAUAUCCAAUCUCAGAUCCAGGAAACACGACUCAUGUUCGACACGCUUCUCUCCCUUCAACCUCAGAUCUCAUCCGUUGCUGGCGAGUCCAGGGAAGAUAAGGUGCUGGAACUGUCUGCAAACAUCUACAAACAGAUUCCGGAGAACAUCGACUAUGACAACACAGUUAAGAUUCUCUCCAUUGAUCCAUCACCGAUCAACGUCGUACUUCUACAGGAGAUCCAGCGCUACAACGCGCUACUUGUGGAGAUACGCAAAUCCCUGAAGGACCUUGACAUGGGUAUCCAGGGCUUGGUUGUCAUGACGGUGGAACUCGAGAGCAUCUUCAUCUGUAUCUACGACGGCCGUGUGCCACCCUCAUGGCUCAAGGCCUACCCAUCCCUAAAGCCCCUGGCAGCCUGGACCCGAGACCUCGUGCAGCGUCUAGACCAGCUUGAGAAGUGGGCGACCACAGCCCACCCGCCGAAUAUCUUCUGGAUGUCAGGGUUCACGUUCCCGACAGGUUUCCUGACUGCAGUCCUACAGUUGUCUGCCCGUCUCAACAACGUCUCUAUCGAUAGCCUCUCUUGGGAGUUCAGCGUGAUGACGGUGGAUGAUACGAAUAUCACUGGACCCCCGAAGGAUGGUGUAUACAUCAAGGGGUUGUUCCUGCAAGGCGCUGGGUGGGACAAGAAGAAUCAGUGUCUGAUAGAGGCUACACCCAUGCAGCUUGUCUGUCAGAUCCCCACGAUACACUUCAAGCCAGUCGAGAACAAGAAGAAGGUCACCAAAGGAAUCUACACAUGCCCAUGCUACUAUUUCCCCAACCGCACAGGAAGUAUGGGUAGACCCUCAUUCAUUGUUGCCACGGAAUUGAAGAGCGGAGAUAAGUCCCCUGACCAUUGGGCAAAGAGGGGAACCGCUCUGCUGAUGAGUCUUGACUACUAGAACCUGCAGACUUUUAUUUUCACAUGUGGUCUUUUGAUUCCACCUGUGGACUUUUACUUCACCCAAGGACUUUUGAUCCACCUGUGGACUUUUACUUCACCUGUGGACUUUUUUUCGUUUGCUGACAAAGAAUUAGCCAUUGAAUUGUAAUUAACAAAGUUUACUCGCAGAC